UUUGUAAGGUUACAAAAUAUUAGCCUGUUUGAUGACCUUGCGUAAAUGGGACCUAGCCUACCUACCUUCUGAUCCUUGAGCCAGCACCAAAAUAGACCUGCGUUUCAGUGUGGCAGCCAAUCAAAUGUAAAGCCGGUAAGCAUGGGCCCUGCCCUAAUUCUCCUUCAACCAAUCGACGUCAAGAAGGGGACGGAAAUACAGUAGUCCCUAAUUCUAGUAGCAAAUGUUUCAAAGUAAAUAUCUUGAUUCUAUGGGUUACGUAGCGACUGUAUUUGGGUACUUAAAAGAGCUGGGACUGGGAUAGGUUUACUGCCGAAUACAAAACUUCGUGGCAGUUUUUGACCAUACGAUCCCCUCUCUAACUAUGGACCAAUAGCUGCCAGCUCUGCACCAUGGGGAUCUGCACAAGGUUGCAGCUUCUGCUUUGGAAGAACUUCACCUACCGUAGGAGGAAUAAGAUUCAGCUGCUCAUUGAGCUUCUUUGGCCCCUGUUCCUCUUCCUCAUCCUCAUCGCUGUGCGACGCUCCCACCCCCCAUACAAACAGAGGCAGUGUCACUUCCCAAACAAAGCCCUCCCCUCGGCCGGCACGCUGGCAUGGGUUCAGGGCAUCAUAUGCAACAUCAACAAUCCCUGCUUCCACCAACCCACACCUGGAGAGACACCCGGACAAGUGGGCAACUUUGACAACUCAAUACUUUCACGGAUUCUUUUGGAAACGAGGACCACGCUGGCCUACAGCAGCAACCAGACGGCUUUCUCCAGUUUUCAGGAGCUCCUGGAUGUCGCUCAGAGACUUGGAGAGCGGCCCGAGGCUUGGCCAAAUUUGCCUGUGGGGGAAUACCUGCGAUCGAAUGAAACAUUCUCCAGCUUCCUUCUCACCAAUGGCAGCCUUCCACGUCCAGCCCUUGAUGCACUACUUAGGGCACGACUCAACUUCCAGGUGGUGUCCCUCUCCGGGGCAGGGAUGCGUCUGGCGGACAUUGUGUGCAACGCCUCUCUGCUGGAGCAAUUUCUGACCGUAGGGGAGGGCGACUCCAUGUCUGUGCUGCAGGCGAACUUGUGCGCAGUUGACCCGGACACACUCCAGCAGGCCGAGCAGCUCUUCCUCACCCAGCUGGACUACAGCAAGAUCUUCACGAGAGACAGACUAAGAGCAAAUUUGGGAGAACUAAGGGCUCUAAGCCAGGCCGUCACUUCUGUGUCUCGAGAAGUUGCUGCCAUUUUGGAUGAUUUCUCAGGGUUGUCGGGUUUCUCUGACUUGAACGCGGAGCUGAGGCUGCUGUCUCCCGAGAACCGCUCGGAGGCACCGCUGAACAGCUUCCGUGCUUUCAGCCGGAUCGUUUGCGGCCACCCUGAGGGGGGCGUGGAGCGCAUCCCCUCCUUCAACUGGUACGAGGACCACGACAUCAAGUCCUUCCUGGGCCGAAACGGCACGGAACAGGACGACAUGGACAGCGACAAUGUCACCACUCCCUUCUGUAAAAGCGUCAUUCAGAAUUUGGAGUCAAACCCUCUCUCCCGCAUCGUGUGGCGAGGAAUCAAGCCCCUCUUCAUUGGGAAGCUGCUGUACACACCAGACACACCUGCAAUUCGGGAGGUCAUGAAAGAGGUGAAUAAGACAUUUCAGGACCUGCAGAUUCUGGAGGACCUAAAGGGGGCCUGGGAAGAAAUUGGGCCUCGUGUGAAGACCUUCAUGGAGAGCAGUGUGGAGAUCCGUCUUCUGAAGGACCUGCUGAGGCGGCCAGAGGUGGCGGUCCUGGUGAACAUGCAGCUGGAGAACACUACCUGGACGGCGUCACGGAUUGCCCGCUUCCUGUCCACACCAGCACCUGAAGCCCCACGCAGAGAAGGGGCUCCCCCCACCUGGUUCGACGUCUUCCAGGACGUGAACAACUCCAUCAGCACCCUUGGCCUGAUCACUGAAUGCUUUUCUCUAGAUAAACUGGAGGGCACUGCCACAGAGGGCCACAUGAUUGACAGGGCUCUUGAGCUCCUGGAGGACAGGCAGUUCUGGGCUGGGAUAGUUUUCCUCCUUCCAGAUCCUUCUGCUCCCACCCUCCCACCUCACGUGUCAUACAAGAUACGCAUGGAUAUAGAUGAUGUCACACGGACCAAUAAGAUCAAAGACAAGUUCUGGGAUCCGGGCCCAGCUGCCGAGCCCUUCAGUGACAUGCGCUACAUCUGGGGCGGCUUUGUGUACGUGCAGGACCUGGUGGAGCGGGCGCUGGCUCGAGUCAUGACCGGCAAGGAGCAGAACACAGGCAUCUACCUGCAGCAGAUGCCUUACCCGUGCUUUGUGGACGACGUUUUUCUGCGUGUGCUGAACCGCUCCCUGCCUAUGUUCAUGACGACAGCGUGGAUGUACUCUGUGGCCAUGAUCAUCAAAUGUGUGGUGUACGAGAAGGAGGCACGCCUCAAGGAGACCAUGAGGAUUAUGGGCCUGGGCUCUGGCACGCUCUGGGUCAGCUGGUUCAUCAGCAGCUAUGUGCCUUUCCUCAUCAGUGCCGGCAUGCUCGUCACUCUCCUUAAGAUGGGGGACAUCCUGCCGUACAGUAACCCAGUGGUGGUAUUCUUCUUCCUGGCUGCCUUUGCCACAGCCACCAUCAUGCUGUGUUUCCUUAUAAGCACCUUGUUCUCUCGGGCGAACCUGGCGUCUGCGUGCGGGGGCCUCAUCUACUUCUCUCUCUACCUACCUUAUGUGCCGUGCGUGGCCUGGAGAGAUCGCCUAACCACCACACACCGCGUCCUCGCAAGUUUUCUGUCUCCGGUGGCGUUCGGCUUUGGCUGUGAGUACUUCUCCCAGUAUGAGGAGCAGGGUGUGGGCAUCCAGUGGUUCAACGUCAACUCCAGCCCCUCGGAGGGAGACACCUACAACUUUCUCACCUCCAUCGUGAUGCUCUAUGUAGAUGCAUUUAUCUAUGGUGUACUUGCCUGGUACAUUGAGGCAGUUUUCCCUGGUGAGUUUGGGAUACCCAAGCCAUGGUCCUUCAUCUUCCAGUUGAAUUACUGGGGUGGGGUGCCGCUGGAACAGGGCAUGCCAAUCCCCCCAGCCCCCAGGAAUGAGCCAGACGCACGAAUAGAGCCAGAGCCUCAGAACCUCAUUCUGGGUGUCGCCAUCUGUGACCUUGUCAAGAUUUACAAGAAGGGGGGGAAACUGGCUGUCGAUCACCUCAACAUGAAGUUCUAUGAGGGGCAGAUCACCUCAUUCCUGGGCCACAAUGGUGCAGGAAAGACCACCACAUUAUCCAUCCUGACGGGGCUGUUUCCACCCUCGUCAGGGUCGGUGUAUGUGAGGGGCAUGGACAUCCGCACUGACAUGGACUGGAUCAGGAGGACUCUGGGUGUCUGCCCACAGCACAACGUCCUCUUUGACAUCCUGACGGUGGAGGAGCACGUGUGGUUCUAUGGCCGACUUAAGGGCAUGGAUAACGAUGAGGUGCGUGAGGAGGUGUUCUCUCUGCUGGAUGAUGUGGGGCUGCUGCACAAGCGUCACGAAGAAACACGCAACCUGUCCGGGGGAAUGAAGAGGAAGCUGUCCGUGGCUAUUGCUUUCAUUGGGGGUUCAAAGGUGGUGGUCCUGGAUGAGCCUACUGCUGGAGUUGACCCCUACUCCCGCCGGGGCAUUUGGGACCUGCUUCUCAAGUACCGCAAAGACCGCACCAUCAUCCUCUCCACACAUUAUAUGGACGAGGCGGAGCUGCUGGGUGACCGCAUCGCCAUCAUCUCCCAGGGGAAGCUGUGCUGCUGUGGCUCCCCCCUCUACCUCAAGGCCAAGCUGGGCACAGGAUACUACCUCACCGUGGUCAAGAAGGACAGCAGAUCGCCCAGCACAAGUGCCAGCGCUGGAAAGCUCUCUUUACCCCCAGUGCCUAAGGACAGUGAUUCAUCCCUAAGUGAUGACACCGGACUAGGAAGUGAGGAUAAUGGCCCUGACGUGCCCGCCCUGGUGGCACUGGCUCAGCAUCACAUGCCUGAGGCGAGGCUGGUGCAGGACCUGGGCAGGGAGGCCAUCUUGAACCUGCCACACCGCUCAGGGGAGGACGGCAGCCUUGCACUCUUCCUGGCCGAGCUGGAGAAGAGGCAGGCUGAUAUGGGCAUCACCAGCUAUGGCCUCUCAGACACCACCCUGGAGGAGAUUUUCCUGAAAGUUGCGGAGGAGACAGGCGUAGAUGCGGACCCUGCUGAGCCUGAGAGACCGCCCACAGCACCGCCGCAACGACGAGUCGACCCGCCCGAGGAACGGGAGCCAGGCAGGAAAAGACCAUGCAAGCAAGAGCCCAAGGAGACAGACCUUCUGAGUGGGGAGGGGAGAGGUGGCGACCCGGCUACCGGCUGGUGGCUCACCUGGCAGCAGCUGCGGGCGCUCUUCGUCAAGAGGUGGCUGUACGCCCGCCGCAGCCGAAGGGGCUUCUUCGCCCAGAUUGUGCUGCCUGCCCUGUUUGUCCUCAUCGCUCUGUUCUUCAGUCUCCUUGUCCCGCCCUUUGGGAAGUACCCCGCCCUGGAGCUCCAGCCCUGGAUGUAUGGAGACCAGUACACAUUCUACAGCAAUGAUGCACCAAAGGACCCAGCCAUUCAGAACCUCCUCGAGGCCUUGCUUGACCCGCCAGGUUUUGGCACCAAAUGCAUGGACUUAAGCACGAACUCAACUUGUGGGGUGGAGUCGGGCUCUAGGUUCAUGCGUCCUCAGGUGUCGUACUCCACCUGGCAGCUGCUGGGGAAGGGGAACUGGACGCGCGAGCGGCCCUCUCCUGAGUGCGAGUGCAGCUCAGAGGAGGUGCGCCGCAUGUUGCCAGACUGCCCAGAGGGAGCCGGAGGACUGCCCCCGCCACAGCUAAAGCAACUGACUGGAGACACCCUGCAGAACCUGACUGGCCGUAACAUCUCAGAUUACCUGGUGAAGACAUAUCCGCAGAUUCUCAAGAAAAGCAUGAAGACCAAGAAGUGGGUGAAUGAAUUCAGGUAUGGAGGCUUUUCUCUGGGUGGGAAGGCCUCUCAGUCCUUACCAGAUGGUCACCACCUGGAUGAGUCGGUCUUGGCCAUCAGAUCACGCUACAGUGUGCCAGAGAACAGUUCCUUUGACCAGCUUUUGCAGAGACUACCAGGCUUUCUGAGUGGCUUGAACCGCGAGCAGAACGUGAAGGUUUGGUUCAACAACAAGGGUUGGCAUGCCAUGGCAUCCUUCGUCAAUGUGCUGAACAAUGGGCACCUGCGUGCCAACUUGCCGCCUGGUGCGGACAAGAGGCGCUAUGGCAUCACGGCCUACAAUCACCCCCUCAACCUCACCAAGGAGCAGCUCACUGAAAUGGCCCUGAUGACUACCUCUGUGGAUGUUCUGGUGUCUACCUGCGUCAUCUUUGCCAUGUCCUUUGUGCCGGCAAGUUUUGUGCUGUUUCUGAUUGAGGAACGCGUCAGCAAAGCCAAGCACCUGCAGUUCGUCAGUGGAGUGAAACCGAUCCUGUACUGGCUGGCAAACUACACCUGGGACAUGCUGAACUACUCUGUGUCUGCCAUCAUGGUGGUGCUCAUCUUCAUCGGCUUUCAGCAGCAGUCUUACGUCUCUGAGGCCAACCUGCCUGCCCUCGUCCUGCUGCUUUUGCUCUAUGGCUGGUCCAUCACCCCGCUCAUGUACCCAGUCUCUUUCUUCUUUGAAGUCCCAAGCACAGCCUAUGUUGUCCUCACCUCGGUUAACCUCUUCAUCGGAAUGAAUGGUAGCAUUGCCACAUUUGUUCUCGAGCUGUUUGUGGAUCAGCACUUGAAUGACAUCAACAAGAUCCUGAAGAAGGUCUUCCUGAUUUUCCCACACUUCUGCCUGGGUCGAGGGCUCAUUGAUAUGGCCAAGAAUCAGGCCAUGGCUGAUGCCUUUCAGAGACUCGGUGCCAAGCAGACACUGGACCCACUUGAGUGGGAUUUUGUGGGGAAGAACUUAUUUGCAAUGGCGGUUGAGGGAGUGGUGUUCUUCAUAUUCACCAUUCUACUUCAGUACGGGUUCUUCUGCAAGUUCAGACCCUGGUCAGACCCAGUGCUGCCCCCUCUUGGCCCAGAGGAUGAGGACGUUGCCAAAGAGAGAGACAGAGUACGGAACGGAAGAGCACAAGGAGACCUACUGAGCAUGAAAGACCUGAGCAAGAUAUACAAGGCAGGGAGGAUGCCAGCUGUGGACCGUCUCUGUCUGGGGAUCCCUCAUGGGGAAUGCUUUGGUCUACUGGGAGUGAACGGUGCCGGAAAGACGACCACAUUCCGCAUGCUAACAGGAGACACCGACAUCACCCAUGGAGAAGCUUAUCUUAGUCAGCACAGCGUGCUGACUGAGAUGGAGCGGGUCCAUCAGCUCAUGGGUUACUGCCCGCAGUUCGACGCCAUCAGCGACCUGCUCACAGGCCGGGAGCACCUGGAGUUCUACGCCCGCCUGCGGGGAGUGAGGGAGGAGAACGUGGCAAAGGUGGCUGACUGGGGGGUGCGGAAGCUGGGUCUGACUCAGUAUGCAGAGCGGGAAGCAGGCGGCUACAGUGGGGGAAACAAGCGCAAACUCUCCACUGCCAUUUCCCUGAUCGGAGCUCCUCCAGUGAUAUUCCUGGAUGAGCCUACCACAGGCAUGGACCCCAAAGCCAAGCGCUUCCUGUGGAACUGCAUCCUGAGUGUCAUCAAGGAGGGCAGGGCUGUGGUGCUCACUUCUCACAGCAUGGAGGAAUGUGAAGCUCUAUGCACUCGAAUGGCCAUCAUGGUGAAUGGCAGGUUUCGGUGUCUGGGAACAGUGCAACACCUCAAGAACAGGUUUGGCGACGGCUACACGAUAAUCCUGCGGCUCUCCAUGCCCUCGCAGGAGCCUUGUCUAGUGGACUCCUACCUCAAACGCGCUUUCCCAGGCAUCGAGCUGAAGGAGAAGCAUCAGAACGUUCUGCAAUACCAGCUGCCCUCUCACGCGUGCUCCCUCGCCUACGUCUUUGACGUGCUCUCCAACAACUAUGAGGAGCUGGGUGUGUCUGACUACUCUGUCUCUCAGACCACUCUGGAUCAGGUUUUUGUCAACUUUGCUAAGGAACAGAGUGAUGACGACCAGCUCAGAGAGGUGACGGUGAAUGGUGCUGAUCAGGCAACUCAAACCAACCGGCUACUCCCCAGCCGACCAGUUCAGCCAAUAACCAGUGCACCCAAAUCACCACCCAAACCACCAAUCAGGUCUCAGACAAGUCGGCCUUCCCCACAAAACAAGGCAGCUGACCCUUGCCAGGCAUCCUCUCCCACCCAUGAACCCAGCCAGUCACCAUCUCCGAGCCAAAGCUCUCAAGCUGGCCAGUCCGCCUCACCAAACGGGGCAGCUCAACCCAGCGAGUCACCCACACUGAACGUGGCAGCUCAACCAACUCGGAUACCCUCUCCGAAUAGGGCAGCUAAACCCAGCGGAGCUCCCAAAUCGCCUAGGUCUGGGGUCAGAGGAGACGACCCCAAUGAGGUAAAAGACAAAGACAUUCCAAUGACAAAACUGCCACAGCCAAAGGCCAAGAAAGAAUCUUCAGGCAACAAGGCGAAGCGUAAAGGAGAGGCCUCUGACAGUAAAGAUCCAACCAAACUAUUCAUGGUUACAACCACAGCAGACAGUGAGGUCUGAGGAGAGCAGCCAGGCUGUGGUUUAAAGGCUUGUUAAAACAGACAGAACUGGCUACUGCAUGCCAAGCAUGUCUGGUAGGGGGUGGGAUACAUGCCUGAAUGAGUCCUCCAAAGUUUCAGGUCUGGUGCCUUGUUCAUUAUCCAUCAUUGCUGUGCUCCUUGUCACUGUGUCCUCCUUGGUUCUUUAAGGCCAUUCAUGCAGUUUUAACAACUUAUUUGCAAAUCCUGAGGAAUCUCCUGCUGCAUUCUCAGGAAGAAAGUAUAAUGGCCCAUAUACACCUGCACUGUGCAAACAACUAUCAAUGCAUUCCCCAGAAUCCCUUUCCUUUUGUUACUCAAUGUUUCCAUAAUGAUCUGAUGCACUUUGAAACUGAAAAUGAUGUGCACUAUCUGACAUUCUAUUAACUAUUAUGGGGGGUUUGCUGAUUACCUCUAGCCUACCCACAUACAAUGGAGUACUGUUGAUGUGUUGAGACUUUAAAGGAGUAGUACAUAUAUGUGUACACAGACACUUACCUUUUUUGCCACUUACCUCCAAUAUGGUAGAUAAGCUUAGAUGUAUGUGGUGUCCAAAUUCUGCCUCCUAAAACCUUAUGGCCAAUACUUUAUUAUAAGCUUUAAAUGGUAUUUGUCAAAGAAAACAAUCAGUUACAUCAAAUUACCAUGUGAAUCCCCUCUACCUUUCAAUAUAGUUCCUUAAGAAUGAUGCUGUAAGACCAAGAAUGAAAGUUAACUACAUUUAUUUCAUUUGUUUUACAAAUCACAGUAUCCCACAUUGUAAGAUAUCACAAAAUCUAGUCUACUGGACUACUUCAUAACUCACUAUAAGUUCUAGGCAAUGGUAAUAUGAGUUCAGCAGUUUACAUGGUGGUUGUUAGCUUGUGUCAAUGAUCAGUUGUUUCGGUCAGCUUUAUAGCUCAAUGCAGAACUGGUAAGUGGCAAGAUUUGGACAUCAUACAUUGUCUUGAUGAAUGAUAUACAAGGGGAAAAUCUGGGUAAAUAACUUCUUCCACUAGACUACUCCAUCAAGACACUGCCUUCAUUAGGUCAGUUUUUUUAUAUGUUUAAUUUUUUACCUAUUUUGAAAAGGCUUUUUCUUGGUUUCAUGGGUGUCAGAUGAACGGUCAAGCCUAUGCACUGCAUAAUGCUGCACCUCUUUUUUGAAAAAUAAAUAAAACUGUUACCAUGUCAAGCUGCAUUAGCAUGUGAAGACAUAAAAUAGAAUGUACUGAAUAAUGACAAUGUGUUAAAAUAGUAAUAUACUAUACUUGAAUGUGGAUGUAGUAAUUUAUCAGUAUCAGUAUGUCUAUAUGAAAAUGAUAUUUACAAAUAAAUAUUUAAUAUUUAAA